AUGCCAGAUACUCUAGACGGGGCCAGACCGAAGGACGAAGAAGAGUUGGAGCUUGAAAAACUCGUUUUUGGUGACAAUGCCGGUUUUGAGGCCAACCUUCGAAAAAUCGAGAACCUCUAUGAAUCUUCAGACGAUGAACAAGAAGCUUUAGAUAGCUUGUCAGAAGGAGAAGAAAGUGAGGAAGAAGAAGGCGAUGAAGAUAUGUUCUUCCUUGACGAAGGCGGUGAUGCUGAUAACAUUCACGAAGUCGAAGUCAAGGACGAUGAUGGCAUGGAUGUGGAUGAAGAUGAAGAUGAAGCAGUAUGGCACGACUCUGACGAUGAAAAACACACUAUUUCGGUCAUUUCUGACAGACUGAAGAAGCUCAGGCAGCUGUACGAAGAGACGGCGCUCCUGGCUCCAGCUUAUGUGGCCAGACUCAGGUCCCAGUUCGAGAAGAUCUUCCCUAGACCAAGCUGGGCAGAUGAGGUGCCAGAAAAGGAGAACGACGACAGCGAUGCUGAAGUCUUGGGAGACGAAGAUGAAGAAUCCGAACCCGAUUUGGGUAAGAAUAUCAAGGGCUUGACGCAGCUUCUAAGUUCCAACAGCAAAUACGUGAAGCUGAAAUCUGCACUUCUUUCACCUACUAAGAUCCUGAUCCUGAGACUCAAGGACGCCAACAUCACCCGCCGUGGCCAGGGCCCUAUUUUGGCCAUGAGCUUUCAUCCUCUGCAUCCACUUUUGCUUACUGGUGGCAUGGACAAGACACUCCGCAUUUUUAAUAUCGACGGUAGAUCCAACAAGCUUGUAUCUUCUGUCUUCUUCAAGGACGUGCCCAUCAGAAGCUGUCAGUUUUCCCCAGACCCAAAUUCCAGUCUAGUCUACUCGUCUGGUAGAAGACGAUACAUGAGUAGAUGGGAUACUACUACCGAGGCUGUGGAUAAGGUGCUGAGAAUGUACGGUCAGGAAGAGAGCCAGAGAUCGUUUGAAUACUUCAAAAUGAGUCCUAAAGGCAACUACGUUGCUUUGCUUGGUUCCAACGGUUACGUCAACCUUCUAAACAGCAAAACUACACAACUUUUCAGAGCAUACAAGGUCGAUGGCUACGUUGCAGACUUUGAGUUCACAAAAGACGAAAAGCUUCUUAUCGUCGCUAACUUUGCAGGUGACGUCUGGGAGUUUAACCUUCAGUCUCCAGACAUUGAUGUGGUUCGUCGUUGGACUGAUACUAGUGCCGUGGCUGUCACCAAGAUCGCCUUGGGCGGUCCAACCGACCGUUGGUUAGCUAUCGGUACAAAGAGUGGUGUCAUUAACUUGUUCGACCGUACAAUGUUUGCCACACUUUCACAAGGACAAAAUCCUAAACCUUUCAAGAGCGUGGGUAACUUGGUGACGCAGGUAUUCGAGGCCAAGUUCUCUCCAGACGGCCAGAUCUUAUGUGUGGCAUCGAAACAGAAGAAGGAUGCCCUCAAACUUGUACACUUGCCCCUGGGAACAGUUUUCGCCAACUGGCCUACGAGCAACACGCCGUUGGGCCGUGUUACAUGUGUGCAAUUCUCGCCAAAUAGUCAGAUGUUGGCCAUUGCCAAUGAUACCGGUAAAAUCACCCUUUGGCGUUUGGACCACUACUAG